AUGGCUUCAGUGCCAUUGUGCCAGGAAAUCAGAAGUUACCACAAAUACAUGCACAUGGAUAAAAAGCACCCAAUCGCCCAUGUAAUCACAGAGCCCGGCUUCAUUCACAGUACCACCGAAAUCCCUUCACCCAGGUUUACCAAACCGAAAGUUUGCUUGUCCAAUGCUUUGUUGCAUACAUUUUUAACCGUUUCUGCUCUUGCCCAAGCUACAUGCUUCGUAGGUCGUUUAUGGUCAUCUGUAGUACUACGUCUGUUCGACAUUCUUGAUAGUCAGUUGCAACUCGACCAUGAUGUCAUAUUGGGCGUUAGCACUAACCUAUCGGAGUUACGUUCAGAAACAUCGGCGAUGGGUGGAGUACCAGUGGUGCCGGAGAGGUGGAGGUUAUACGAACACACAAUGAUGCAAUGCAACAGACGAACAUUGCCAAAAGACGCACCGAACACCAUGCGUUGUUUUCAUCACUCGCGUCUGCUACCGGAUCCCCGGCGUGAAAUGCCACGAAACAGCAACCAUUGCGACUUGUGCAAUAACGAAGAACUCCAUCUGCCACAUAUUUUGCCCGGUCGAGGAAAAACCAGGCUAGCCGAGCAGUUGUGUCAUUUCAAACAAGCAAACGGCGAACAGCCACCCGAACAGGCAGGUCGCGGAUGA